UUACUGCUGUUCAACACUUUUUGCUAGCAUUUCAUCGACGAGGCAUCUCGUUAUUGGCCAGCCAUAUUUCUGUUUUUGCUUCUCUCCCUCUUCUGCAAAACUCCCAAUCAGUUUUUGCCCAAGCCUCUUCCAGCCUUCCGCAGCGCGCAAUGUCUUCUCGAUAUUCCGCCGCGCGCCCCAAUCGAGCGGGCGAGAACUUUGCUCGGACGCACUACAACAACGAGGAAGACACCAAGCGAGUCAAGUUCGAUGUGCGCAACCCGUCCAUCCUGGCGCCGGACGCGCGCGAAGACGAUGCGAUCCUCGACGCCGACGUGAUUGGCGGCAGCGGCGCCACGAAACGAGGUGCCGUGAAUCUCGACGGCUACGACAGUGAUUCGGACAACGAAAACUUCAACGCGCGAGCAGGCAGCCGCAAAAAGAUCAACCCCAUCAACGAGGAUGAUGACGACGAUGACAUGUUUGCGGCGGAAAACGACGAGGAAGAAGGCAAAGAACUAGCGGGCGACGAAGAUGAGGAGUUUGAAAAGUCUGGCAGGAAGAAGAAGGAUGUCAAGUUUCUAGACGAAGCCCAGAUCCAAGGCCAAGAGAACAAGAGCAAAAGUGGCGGCACCAUCCGCCUGGACGACCGGGAGAGCAGCGACGACGAGGAAGACUUGGAGCUUGCGAUCCAGGAAGAAGGUGUCGAUGAAGAGGUCGGCGCGGGAGGCCUGAAGCGUAACGCACCCAAGGUCGAAGCCUUCAAUCUCAAAGAAGAGAUGGAGGAGGGUCGCUUUGACCAAGACGGCAACUACGUGCGAAAAGCCAACGAUCCAGACGCCAUGCACGAUAGCUGGCUCGAAGGCCUCAGCAAAAAAGAUAUGAAGAAGGCGGCGGCAGCGCACGAGAAGCGCGAGGCGGAAGCCCGGGAGAGACGCAUCCAGGAAGAUGAGGUCUUGGUCUCGGACCUGCUAGCAACACUGAUCCGAAACCUGGAGAAAACAGAGACACCCCUGGAAGCUCUGGCGCGACUGGGCAAGGACAAGACAAAGACUAAAAAGAUACCCAAAUGGAAGCUCAAGAAGAUGAACAAGGGCGCAGAAGCUAUGGAGACGGAUCAGGAGGCGGCCAACGACGCCAGGCAAGCCGAGGUUAAGCAAGCAAUCGACGCCAUUACGGAUGCGGCCGAUAAGCUACUCAGCCGCGGACACGAAGACAUUUACGAUCAGGAGCGAGAACUGCUAGUUCGUGAGUAUCGUCGGGAGACGGGAGAGGACUGGGUCGAGCCCAAGCCUGCCGCUGAGGCUCCUGCAGGCACCGAGGGGCAACCAGCUCCGGCGAACGGUACCAUGUGGGAGUUUAGAUGGACGGACGGACGAGACGAUGCGGCAAAGCAAGGCCCUUUCGACGGCCCCACGAUGAAAGCUUGGCAGGAUGCCGGAUACUUUGGCCAGGGCGUCGAAUUCCGAGCUGUUGCCGGUGAUGGAGAGGAGGGCGCGUGGGCCACUUCGGCUGACUUUUCAUGA